AACGGAGUCGUCUGGUUUGGAGCAGAAGGGGCUGACCUUACGAAACACCAUGGGCUGUGAUGUAACAGAACGUCUGUAUUAGAGCCUCGUACGAGAUCCGAAUGACGCAGUUUGAGGCAGGCGUCUGACUUACGCACAUCAGCAGGACACGGCCCAGAAUGCCUACUAACUUCAACUAUCCACCACCUGAACUGCGGAAGGAGCUGCAGCAGAUUGCUGAUGCUCUUGUGGCACCUGGAAAGGGCAUCCUCGCUGCUGAUGAGGGACCCCCAACUCUUGCAGCACGCUUUGCUAAUGCCACCACUGGCUUUGAGAACACAGAGGACAAUAGACGGCGUUACAGGCAGCUGCUGUUCACAACAGAUCUUUCGAUAGGUGAUUACGUUGCAGGAGUUAUUCUGACUCAUGAAACACUAUACCAGAAGGCUGAUGAUGGAACUCCUUUUGUUGAGCUGCUCAGAAGACGUAACAUAAUUCCAGGCAUCAAUCUUGAUAAAGGACAUGUUCAGCUGUUUGGUACAGAAAAUGAGUGCACUACACAGGGACUGGAUGAUCUGGCAAAGAGGUGUGAACAAUAUAAAAAGGAUGGUUGCCAUUUUGCCAAGUGGCGCUGUGCUCUGAGAAUUGGCCGUGGUACACCUUCUUCACUAGCUGUCAAAGAAAAUGCAAAUGUACUGGCCCGCUAUGCCUCCAUCUGCCAAGCUAAUGGCAUUGUACCAAUUGUGGAACCUGAGGUGGAGCCAUAUGGUGAUCAUGACUUGGAAACAUGUCAGAAGGCAACUGAAACUGUUCUGGCAGCCGUGUACAAGGCACUCAAUGACCAUCAUGUGUUUCUGGAGGGCACUGUUCUGAAAGCUAACAUGGUAACACCAGGCGAAUCAUCUUCAAAGAAGUCUUCACCAGAGGAGAUUGCACGGGCCACUGUGACAGCCCUGAAUCGUACAGUGCCUGCUGCUGUAGCGGGUAUUGCAUUCCUGUCUGGUGGACAGUCGGAGGAAGAGUCAUCUGUGAACCUCAAUGCAAUCAAUAAGUUCCCAGGGAAGAAGCCUUGGCCACUGACAUUCAGCUAUGGCAGAGCCCUGCAGACCUCUGCUAUGCGUGCAUGGAGUGGAAAGUCUGAGAAUGUUGCUGCUGCUCAAGAGGAAUUCAAGAAGCGAGCAAAGGCCAACAGUCUAGCUAGUCAAGGGAAAUAUGUUCCUGGAUCCAUCAAGUCACUAGCAGCUUCAAAGACGAGUUUUGUAUUUCCUCCUGCCUACUAAGUACUUAUUUCCAUGCGACAACAUGCUGAAUUCAAUUUUAAUGUGUUACAUAUUUUUUGGAGUCCAGAUUCCUGCUCAGUUUAGUAGUACAUCAAUGGCUAACUGACAUCUGCAGAAACUUUUUCCUUUGGAGCAAUGCUGAAAACUGGUACAACAGUUGCUUUUGUGCUUACCUGCAUUCAAAGACAAAGGAGGAAUACUUGAAAAAUAACACCUAUGCCACAUGUAUUGCAGUAGGGGGACAAGGCACUUAAGCUAGAUGAUAACAUUGAAGAUUUUCAUUUAUUUUAGGAUGUUACCUUAGGCAUCAGUGUCGGUAACAUAACUCAUGUUCAUAGUCAUUUCCUGUGAGUAUUUAAAUGACUGUUGCAUCAGUUGUUAUACAUUGCUUGACCAGAAUAUAUCAAAUAAUGUAAUAAUCAACUGACCAAAUUCGGGUACUUAUAUCAAGGAUAACUGCUACAGGUUCCCUAUUUGCUCUGGUUUUUCUGCCUUAGUAACAUCCUAAAGGAAGUGAAGUAAUGAUGAUAUCAUGUGAGUUGUAAGAAAACAUUUUAUUUUUUUUAUGGCUGCCUCUGCAUUUCCUUUGUUACCCCUGUUGCUGCCAGAACCAAUCUUAAAAACAGCCAUUGUACCAUUAUUUUACUUUUAACAACCAGUUUGUACCAAUAUUGCACAUAAAAGUCAAUAAAUUCAUUUCCUUUA